GUCAUUAUAGGGCCAUAGAUAGGAUGUGGUAGGUUAAAUUAGCUUACGAUAUGGAGGAACCCUAAUUCACAUGUGCGUAGUACUAGGCAAUUUAGAUUUACUUUUGAUUACGAUGAGAGAGAGUUCCCUGAUUGGCAUGUGUGAAGUGAUACUCCAAUGAUUUAGGUUAUUGUGGAUAAGGUUUUUCUUAUUGACAUUUGUUAAAUUAUAUGAAAUUCUAUAGGUACAAGGAAAGGGCUCUGUCUCAGACUCAGAGGAAUCACGAUAUCGGCACAAAGUUUAAACACAUAGACACCAAACGUAUUAAACCUAUAUGUAUUUAAAAUCUGCCUCCCUUGGGAAAAAUCUCUCUCUGAUAGGCUUGUUUGAAGUAAUUAGUUUAUGGGUGGAAAAGUUACCCAGAUUAACAUACGUGUGCUAUCCACUGUGGACUUUAGUUAUGCUAUGAUGAGACAGGAUUCUCUAAUUGGUUUAUAUGAAGUACUAGACUUCAUUGGGUGGGCCAUGUUAUGUUGUAGUGGAUCAGGUUUCCCCUAUUGUGUGAAAUGACAUGUACCAUGGGUUUAAGUUAUCGUGGGAUUAGAGAGGAUUCCCUGGCUGACUUGUAUGAAGUGCUAUACCCCAACCAUUUAAGUUAUGGAUAAGACCUUGGUUAACAUAUGUGCAAUUUUAUACGCUAUGGGCUUACGUUACCUUGUAGUGAGAGAAGAUUUCCAGAUUGACUUGUUUGAAGUGCUGUGUACUGGGGGUUAAGAUAUAUAUAUAUACUGGGUUAGGUUAUGGGGAAAAGGUUUCCUUGAUUGACACUGUUAUCUUAAGUAAUGUUGUGAUGGGAGAGGGUUCUUUAAUUAGUUUAUAAAUGUGAAGCGCCAUGCGUCAGUGGGUGAAGUUAGGUUACGGUGAAUGUGGUUUUCCUGAUUGACAUGUUGUGAAAAUGCUAUGGUAUUUUAUGAUGAGGGAGGAUUCCCUGACCGGCUUGUGUGAAGUACCACUCAUCAGUGGGUUAAAUUUGUGAAAUGCUAUACACUAUGGUCUUCACUGUUCAGGUGUUCAGCUUUUGUGAAGUGUUUUACCUCAUCAAUUUAGGUUGUGCAUAAAGUUUCCAUGAUUGAUAUUUGUAAAAUGUCAUCAUGCACUCUGUUCUUGCGUUAUCUUAUGAUGGGAGUGGAUUCCCUGACUGGCUUGUAUGAAGUGCUAUACCUGUACGAUUUGGGCUAUGGUUUGGCUAUGUUUCCCUGAUUAACAAGUGUUAAAUGUAAUUCGCUGUGGACGUACGUUAUGUUAUGGUGAGAAAGGGUUCUGUAAUUGCUUGCUAAGCACCAGCAGAUUAAGUGAGGUUAUGGUGGAUAUGGUAUCCCUGAUUGACAAAUGCGGAGUAUGUACUAUAACCUUGAAUUAUGUAAUGGUGAGGAUAUUCUCUGAUCGUCUUGUGUGAAGUUUUAUGCACCAGGGGUUGAGUAAUAUCUACUUGGUUAGUUAGGAAGGGGGUUGGGAGUUCCUGUAAUUAAUCUUGUGCUGUACACUAUGAGCUUAAGUCAUAUUACGGUGAUUAAAGAUUUGUGUGAAGUACUGGGUGAUUAAAGAUACUCUAAAUGAUUUGUGUGAAGUACUGUGCAUCAAUGGAUUAGGCUAGGUUAUGGUGGAAAAGGUUUCCCUGAUUAGGGUGAGCAACGUUAAUACAAAGAUCUACCACAUGGCAUCGCUACUUGGUCUAAUACCUGGUCAACUUGUUGGCAUUUAUGUUGGUCAGUCGCUCAGGUCGAUGCAAGAUGUCUUAGAGAACCAAAAACACUUCUCCUAUUUUACAUAUGUCUUUGCAGCAGCUCAACUCAUUUUCUCUGUGAUUCUAAUGGUGUGGUUGAGUGCGAAGGCACGGAGAGAAUUGGCGCAAGCACUUCUUGAAGCUGAAACGAAAUUCGGCAACACCGAAAAGACCAUGGCGUUAACGAACACCCUCUCCAUGGUCUAGAACGCUUUCUUUCCAUAAUCACAUUUAUGUAUAAAGCCUUAAUUUAUUUAUUUAUUGAAUUAGUUCUACUUUCUGCUUAGAACAAUUAUUAUUAUUGUGACCAUUAUGUACAAAUAACCAAAUGUUGUAAUAUUUGCUUCGCACAUGAAACAUUGAAAAACUGAUUGUUGUCAAAGUUAAAAAUAAAGGAGCCAAAUGUAAAUAUUAAA